AUGGACGGGAAAUACUCCUCAGACCCCGAAUGGGCUUCUAUCGAGCCAAUCCAGCUGAACGAUGGCUCUGACUCGGGCGCUGCCCCCCUGGCGACCAUCGCCUAUUCCGCGGAAUAUCUCGAGGCGACUUCCUAUCUCCGGGCGGUGAUGGCGGCCAACGAGAUGUCCGAGAGGGCGUUGAAGCUGACUGAGGAUGUGAUUUCGAUGAAUCCGGCUCAUUAUACUGUAUGGAUUUACCGGUCAAAGAUACUUUUUGCUCUUGAGAAAGAUCUCAUUGAGGAGCUUGAGUGGCUGAAUGGGGUCUCGUUGAAAUAUCUUAAGAAUUAUCAAAUAUGGCACCACCGUCAAGUUCUAAUGUCAUCGCAAGCCCACUUCCCAACCAUCCCAGCCAAAGAGUUAGAUUUCCUCAUGGAAAUGUUCGCCCAGGAUUCUAAAAACUACCAUGUCUGGACCUACCGACACUGGCUAGUCCGUCAUUUCAAACUCUGGGAUGCGCCUAGGGAAAUCCGAGACGUGGAGACGCUUCUCAAAUCCGACGUCCGGAACAACUCGGCCUGGAACCAUCGCUUCAUGCUGCGAUUCGGACCACGUGGUGAUGAUGAGUUCGACGCUGGAAUGUCAAACAGCAACAACGUCCCGUCGUCCGAAAAGGGCAGACUAGCUGUCGUCGACGAGGACGUUGUCGAUGCAGAAUUGAAAUAUGCGCAGUCGAGAAUCCUCUACGCCCCCGAGAACCGUAGCCCGUGGUCAUACGCACGGGGCGUGCUGCAUGCCUCUGGCCGACCAUUGUCGGAGUGGAAAGAGUUUGCGCUGAAGUUCAUUGCGGAAAAGGAGGGUGGCGGUGUGGAGGUGAAGAGCAGUCAUGCUAUUGAGUGGAUGGCGGAUGUCUAUGCCGAGGAGGCAUCUUCUGAAGCUGUUAGGAUGCUUACCCUCCUCAAGGAGAAGUAUGAUCCUAUCCGGAAGAAUUAUUGGGAUUAUAGGAUCAAGAUGCUGUCCACACAGCCCGCUGUCUCUGCCGCAGCAUGA